AAUAACAUGGCAGACACUUUAUCCUUUCAGAAAAUACUUCGAAUAUUUUGACGAGUCAGAAUAUUCAACUCGCUUCUAAGUAUUACGAGGUUACAUUUUUUGCUUUGCAGCCGAGAUAGACACCAUGGUUAUUGAAUCAUGGCACGAGCUCCUGCGCACUUCUGCACUGUCCCAUGUCUGCAUUCUGGCCUUGACAGUAUUCGUGGCAGUCUAUUAUCUAAUGUACACAUUUCGCGAACACCAGGAUUUCUCCAAUAUUCCUCCUGGUCCUAAACCAUGGCCAAUAGUUGGCAAUAUCGGGGGGUUUCUGGUUCCCAAUUUCAUCUGGAGGAGGUUUGGAGGCCGGGGAGAGGAGAACGUCCCAAAGUCAAAGACACGAACUGUAAUAUCGCCUCAAGUUAUUAUCACGGAACAAGCUAAAGUUUACGGUAACAUCUACAGCAUGUGGGUAGGGAGUCAGCUGGUAGUAGUACUGAACGGAUAUGAAGUGGUCAGGGAUGCCCUCUCAAACCGGGCAGAUGUGUUCUCCGACAGACCAGAGAUUCCCACCGUUACCAUCAUGACAAAGCGGAAAGGUAAGUGCUGAUUCUAGACACAACCUGUGCGUAAUAACGCAUGAAAGCAUAAUAGUCAAUACAUUUAGGAGAGGUCGACUUUUACUCAUCGUAUGAGCGGUCUUGGAUGAGCGUUUUGCUCAGUGAAUAUUCUAUUGUUCUAUAAAACAAAAAUAAUUUGAUGCUGGAUAGUAAACAAUGCUGGAAAAGCCAUUGUGCAAACGAACUUCCAGAAGUAAUCAUGUAAUGGAAAAAUUAAAACGCCUUCAUUGUUUUAUGGCUCAUGCAUGGUAAGAAUAAAAAAAAAUGUUUUAAAAACGACGUUGCGGCUACAACAGCCUUCAUCGGGGUGACAAAGAAUAGUGGUGGACAAACAGGUGUAUAUCCCAACUCUCACAGAAAGUGACUCACUUCAUUACCAUAUGUAAAUGAUAAAGUAAAAAAAAAACUUUGGGAAAAGACACAUUCAAGAUACAAAGAUAAACAUGGCAUAACAACAAUGCAACACCACAAAAUAAAUGCAAUAUCAUAAAAGGAAAAAACUAACUGAACACAUGAGCUCAUGUUACCAAACUUAAGAAUGGAGAACCAAAAAAUAAACCACAUAUCUUUUACAGGAAGGGAAAAUAAUCAAUUUCCUCAUUUAGACCUGACAAUACAGUGGCCCUUAGUUUAAAGAUCCAGAACGUUCCACAUUUUAGGAGGCGUUUGAGACGUUAGCAGUCCUUAUAGCACAGACAUGUUCAGACACCCUGUCCUUGAGCCUUCUCUUAGUAUGUCCUAUGUAAAAGUAAGUCCUAUGUAAAAGUACCCAUAUGGACACUCCAGCCUGUACAACACAUAGUCAGCCCAAACUCUCUGAAGGCCAUGGCCAUUGAAGUGGUUCCCAGUUCUCGCAAAACAUUCUGGAUCUUUAAACUAAGGGCCACUGUAUUGCCAGGUCUAAAUGAGGAAAUUGAUUAUUUUCCCUUCCUGUAAGAGAUAUGUGGUUUAUUUUUUUGUUCCCCAUUCUUACAUUUGGUAACAUGAGCUGAUGUGUUCACAGUUAGUUUUUUCCUUUUAUGAUAUUGCAUUUAUUUUGUGGUGUUGCAUUCUUGUUCUGCCAUGUUUAUUUUGUUAAUCUUCAUAUCUUGAAUGUGUUUUUCCCCAAGUUUUUUUACUUGAUCAAUUACAUACAGUAUGGUAAUGAAGUGAGUCACUUUCUGUGAGAGUUGGGAUAUACACCUGCUUGUCCACCACUAUUCUCUGUCACCCUGAUGAAGGCUGUUGUAGCCGCAACGCGUCAGUGAUUUUUUAUUCUUGCCAUGCAUAAUCCGUAAAACAAUAAAUGCUUUUUUUUUUUUUACCACUACAUGAGAGUGCCUUGAUUACUUCUGGAAGUUUGUUUGCACAAAAGCUGUUCCGGCAUUGUUUACUAACCAGCAUCUACUUCUUUUUGUUUGAUAGUAUUUCAUCCCAUGAUCAAAGAGCACUUCAUGGAUGAACUAUAAACCGAAGAAGCCCUCCUCUCCUGUGUCUCUGUUCUAUUAUUAUAUUCUAUUAUUCUCAUCAAAGGUCUUCCAAGCAGAAAAUAAAAUAUAAAUUCUAUUUUGCUCUGUAAAUAAUUACAUAUGUACUAGUGCGUAGUGAGGGCAUUAUUAGCCGACCUCUCCUCUUAUAAUUUCUCUGAUCCUUAGGCAUAGUUUUUGCACCUUAUGGCCCAGUAUGGAGAAGGCAGCGCAAGUUCUGCCACACCACGCUGCGGAACUUUGGCCUGGGCAAGUUGAGCCUGGAGCCCUGUAUCCUUGAGGGGCUGGCUGUGGUCAAAUCUGAGCUGCUGCGUCUCAGCGAGGAAGAUACUGAGGGUUCUGGAGUGGACCUGACUCCUCUGAUAACUAACUCUGUGUCCAACGUAAUCUCCUACAUCGCCCUGGGCCAGCGCUUCCACCACGCUGACCGGGAGUUUGGCGCCCUGCUGGACCUGAUGGCCCGCGGCCUAGAGAUCAUCGCCAACAGGUAGCCUAGAGGUUAGAGAGGCAGAUCAGUAGCCGGCAGGUUGGCUUGUUCAAACCCCAGCCGGGCGUAAGAAGUGGGAACUGAACUGGUAACUGGAGGGCUGCUGGUCACUGAUGUCAAGUAGCAUUUCCUGCUGUGUGCCAUUAAGCACUUAACACAUUUCAGUUUCUCCCAAAAAACAGGAAGUAACUUAUCUAUCCUAUUCUAACAGCGCAGCGGUCCUCAUCAAUGUCUUCCCCCUGCUCUACUACCUGCCCUUCGGUGUCUUCAGAGAGGUACGGCAAGUGGAAAGGGACAUCACUGCCUUCCUGAAGCAGAUCAUCACCAAGCACAGGGAGACGUUAGACCCAGCCAACCCCAGAGAUCUCAUAGACAUGUACCUGGUAGAGAUGCUGGCCCAGGAGGCCGCUGGGGAGACGGACAGUAGCUUCUCAGAGGACUAUCUGUUCUACAUCAUAGGAGACCUCUUCAUCGCUGGUACUGAUACCACCACCAACACAGUGCUGUGGAUGAUGCUCUACAUGGUCGUGUAUCCAGAUAUCCAAGGUACUACAUCAUCAAACAGGGUUCCUGAAAUACAGAAAGAGGGGUGUGGAGGACCAAUUCAAUGUAACCUAAAGAGAACUCCUUGUUGUAACAUGAUGAUGCAGUACAGUACCCAAUCAUAAUGCUAUGUGUAACUUAUCCAGUGUCCCGUUUCCCAAUGCUCUUGUUGCUUUGUAAUAAUGUUUCCCAUGUCAUUUGUACCCGUUUACACCACAGAGAGGGUGCAGGCGGAGAUCGAUGCGGUGGUGGGCCCAGACAGGGUCCCGUCUCUCACUGAUAAAGGCAGCCUGCCGUUCACAGAGGCCACCAUCAUGGAGGUGCAGAGGAUGACUGUGGUGGUCCCCCUGGCCAUCCCUCACAUGGCCUCAGAGACCACAGGUGAGGAGAGAGAAACCAUAGCGAUAGAAUCCCAUACUAGUCAUUCUAAUUCUAUGGUAGAACCUGACUCUUCCGUUAUGCACAGUCAGAUCAAUAAAGUUGUAUUGAAUUGCUUUCUCAACAACUUGGUCAGUUCCACCAGACUAACACUACAACAGGGACUAGGCUGCUGCAGCAGAAACAGAGGAAAGGACAACCCUUUUACUAUGGUUCUUCUGUUGUUGUCUUGCAGAGUUCCGUGGCUAUACAAUCCCUAAGGGCACAGUGAUCAUCCCCAACCUGUGGUCUGUCCAUAGGGAUUCCACUGUGUGGGAGGAGCCAGACGACUUCAACCCCUCUCGUUUCCUAGACGACCAGGGGAAGCUCCUGAGGAAGGAGUGGUUCAUACCGUUCGGAAUAGGUAGGUCAUAAGGAAGUCUCUCGACAGACGUAUGUGUGUGUCCUAUUAGAGACGUGCUCUACAACUGGCAAACUGAGUGUAGUCACACGGUAUACACUGAGAAUGAAGCAUUUCUACUGUGGACAUUAACAGUUAGGCUACUGUAAAAUCCACAGAAACAAGUUUUAAAAGGUUAAUUCACACUCUCUCUGGGUUAUUGAAGUCCCACACUACCCCCUGCAUGACUAUGGAGCAGUUAGGCCACGACUGAACAUUUUAAUAAUUUUAUUUCACAAUUUUACUGGAUUAUUGGCAUGCACGUAGUAUGACCAUGAGUUUUUUAUUUUGUUAAUUUUUAUUGAACCUUCAUUUAACUAGGCAAGUCAGUUGAGAACAAAUUCUUAUUUACAAUGACGACUUAAUGUGUAUCUUUACAGUGUUCUUUUCCCCCUUUCUCAGGACGCAGGGUGUGUAUGGGCGAGCAGCUGGCUAAGAUGGAGCUGUUUCCUGAUGUUCACCAGCCUGCUGCAGGCCCUCAGUUUCAGACUGCCCCAGGGGCUGCCCCCUCCUCCCAUGCACGGGCGCUUUGGCCUCACCCUGGCCCCCUGCCCAUAC